AUGUCAACACCAAAACAUUUGAAACAACCCCUACCACGACAAGCUGGAGACAAGGAGUCUUCUCAUAUGGCCAGUUUAGAGAACCUCUGCCCAAAGCCACGCUUUACUCUUCCCAGUGUCGCAGCUCUGCAUUCAGACGCCUUCGCGCUGGGUUUCAGCAACGCGGAGCGUCAAGCUGCAGCUCGUGCUUUGCUUAGGCACAAUUCACAUCAAGAUGGCUCCCACUAUCACACAAAGACCGCUGGAUGGAGGAUGAUAACACACGAGGAGUUUGUAGAAGCUGCACUUGAGGAUGUUUUCGAUGCACUUUGUAUGCAGGACUGCCUGGAUGGCGGGAUCUCACUGCUUAUCCGUUGCCCUGGGUCUCAGGCAAGAGACAGUCUGACACCUGAACAGAUUGCCGUCGACGUCUACGUCACUCCCCGCGAGCUUCAUGAGUACCCAGAACAGAUUGGAGGGGACGUCUCACUCUUUGUGCAAGGAUUCUGCGAGCAGAUAGCCAAAAACCACCUUCAACACUUCACAGAGCGGUGCCGCAUUGAAGGCAUUCAGCCUCCCCAUCGCUGUGGAUCCAACGGGGUCUCAGGCCUUGCCAGCUCCUUUGGUCCUGACUGGCUCAUGCAUCCAAUGCUCCGCUCGUCCUCCACAUACAGUGGCUCAAAAAACUGUCCGCAUGUUUUCACAUUUUUCACUAUCUAUGAUAUUGUGUGA